AUGUUUACUGUCCUGACUGGUUUUCUGCCCUACAUUUUUAGAGGUUUUUACAAGAAUGGUGUUGUUUUUCUAUCAAAAUCUAAGGAGAUACUCCUUUCUUUGGAAACCGGCGAAACUCAUGUGCUAUUUGACGAGAAGUCAUUGUAUAAACGUGCCAAGGAUCUUUGCGAAAGUGGGAAGGGUAGCGCGGAAAAUUGCACCUUUGCGAAAUUUUUGGAAGAGAACAGUAAAAUCAAAGUUUCAUCCGAUAUGCGUUACGUCGUUUACGCGCAGCGCGAAGCUGAAAAGGAAGAGCUGUCGCUGGAUUUUACGGAAUCAUUGUCAAUUCUUGACAGAGAAACGCUAGUAGGCGUCAACAAGCAGGAUAAAGAACGCCAAGCUUACUUUAAAUUCAAUCCUGUCGGACAUGAUUACAUAACUGAUGAGGGACCAAACGUAGUGCACGGCGUUUUUGAUCUCUUUCGCAUGGAUAGGCUUCAUGGAAUCCACGAGAGUGAGCAAUAUGAUUUCGAGGAAAAAGUAUUUUUACUCUGUCCAUUUUAUGCUAUUGUGUGGUCUCCGAAAGGUGAGAAAGUUGCAAUAGCCAGUCUUGAUGUUCACCCUGACGAGAAGAAGGUCCACAUGAUAAGCUAUAUUGAUGGAAAAAGCUAUCCAAAAGUAGUAGAGAUGAGAUACGCGAUGUCGUAUGAGGAGCUGCUGCCAAAAUUUAUUGUCAGUAUUUGGGAUAAAAAGAUUCGUGCAACCAAACAUAUGAAAGCUCAGCUAAAGAAUGAAAAUGAAUAUUGUCACAUUCUACACUUUUUUUGGGUUGUCAUGAAUAACCAUGAAUAUCUUGUCACGAUAAUUGCUAAUAGAUAUAACACUCACAUCUCUAUAGCUGUAUGCGAUUACGAGUCAGCAACUUGCCAAGUGGUUUUUGAUUACGAAUAUCCAAAGAAAAUGUACGCUGAGAGAUUUGAUUUUAUGGGCGUGCGUAGCGACAAUGCGAUAUAUGUACUUCUGCCGCGUGCAACGCCUGAUAGCAACACAUAUCAGCAUAUUGCAAAACUCAUCAUCAAGAACUCCACGAGUAUACAAACAGCAAAAUUAUCGUUUCUCUCAUUAGGCAAUUUUGAUGUCAAGAGUAUUUUGGCGUACGACAGGGUGUCAGAUACAAUUUACUUCUCAGCAUGGGCACCAAAACCGACCAAUUCGCAUAUGUAUUCCACAAAAGGAUCGCCAGCAACUGAUUCGUGGAGAUGUUUGACGUGCAAGUUUUCGAACUGCACUUCUCAAUAUAAUUUUAUACAUCCCAGUUUCAAGCAUGUUGUUAUAAGCUGCCAGGGACCCGCUCCUCCACUAUUCUACCUCGGUGAACUUAGUCCUGAAGCGGUCAAAAAUUGGAUAAGGCUGAGUUCCGCGCAGUACGAUGAAGCCUUGGAUAUGGCAAUUCUUCCUAAAAGAAUCACCGAUACAAUUCCACUUGAAGACGGAUAUGAAGCCGUCGUGCAGAUCACGCUCCCACCUGGUCAAGACUCAAGUUCCAAAUCAUUUCCAGUACUGUUGAGAACUUAUCCCGGCCCUCUGUUUCAACCUGUAGUUAUCGACAGGUUUGAGGCAAAUUUGUGGAUGAAUGCUAACCCUCUCAUCCUUGGAUAUGCAAUUGUAUUGAUAGAUGGUCGCGGUUCCACUGGCAGAGGUUGGAAAUAUCGCAGUGCAUUUUAUGGCGCCCUAGGCACGGUUGAGAUUGACGAUCAGAUAGAUGGCAUACGAAAAGUUCUUGCCAAAUAUCCAUUUUUGGAUAAAAAUCGGCUUACUGUUUCGGGUUGGUCCUAUGGUGGUUACGCAUCUGCAUUAAUGGCAGAACGAGCUCCUCCGGGUUUCUUCAAAUGCGUCAUUUCUGUUGCUCCUGUAGCAAACUUUCUCUAUUAUCAAACUAGUUACUCUGAUCAAUAUAUGGGAGAUGCAGAUGUCUCUGCUUACUAUGCUGGUGAUAUCACUAACAACGUUACAAAUUUCAAGAAAACUCGUUUAUUACUGGUACACGGCAUGCGUGACGAUAAUGUUCACUUUCAAAACAGUGCCCUCUUUAUUAAAGCUUUACAAGAUAAUGGUGUUGAUUUCGACCUCAUGUUGUACCCAAAUGGUGACCAUUAUUUGUCUCAAGGACUGUCUCACUUUCUCAAGAAACACGAAUUAUUUCUGACUAGUUGUGCCGGGCAUGACUAA